AUGCUGUCACCUCUCAACGUCCUCGCGUGUGUUGUUGAGGAUUCAGGAGGCUGGCCCGCGGGCGUCUUGGUCUUCCUCACGCUGCGAAAUCGCGUCACCUACCGCUACUGGCGGAUUCAGGAGAUGCUGAAGCACGCCAAGCACUUCCGGCGGGGGAGCGGGGUGGGGGAAAAUUGCUGCUACAGGUUGGCCGUCAGAGCCGGGACUCGAGCCUUUGUGAAAUGCACCAAAGCCUUAAACCUGAAGAAGAGGAUCAUGAGGACCCUCUGGAUUAAUCGAAUUACAGCUGCUACCCAGGAACACGGCCCGAAGUACCCAGCGUUCAGUGACAAUUUAAUUAAGUGCCAGGUGGAGCGCCACAAGAAAGUCCUAGCGGAUCUGGCUAUCUACGAACCAAAGACUUUUAAAUCUUCGGCUGCGUUGGCCAAUAGGAGGCGACAGGAAGAAUUUGCUGCUGCCUUAGGAGAUGGGAAGGCAGCAUUUUUUUUCCAGAAUGGUACUGUACCGCUGAGGACCGUUGCUGUAUUGACUAGGAAAAGACACAGAGUAAUUUGCAGUUUAUUUGAUUUGCACUUGUGUUUAUCCACAUUCCAGUAACAGGCAUGAGGGAAGGCCCCUUCUCUCUGGGACAGAGCCUCACAGAUGACUUCCAUGUUUCUUGUGAAUGAAACUCAAACAUUGUUCAGAAAAAAAAAAAAAAUUGGGAGGAAGCAAGAAAGAAAAAGAGUAAGGGAGGUGUUUGUAUACUAAUAGAGAAAUAGAAAUAUCUGGAAUGCAGUAACCUCCCUUUUGUGUAAAAGGCAGGGAGGCUGAUAAGAAAAUAAUAUAACUGUAUUUCGGCCGGGUGGGGUGGCUCACGCCUGUAAUCCCAGCACUUUGGGAAGCCAAGGCGGGCAGAUCAUCUGAGGUCAGGAGUUCGAGACCAGCUUGGCCAACAUGGUGAAACCCGUCUCUACUAAAAAUACAAAAAUCAGCCAGGUGUAGUGGUGCACACCUGUAAUCCCAGCUACUCAGGAGGCUGA